AUGGUGAAGUGUGUAGUUGUGGGCUGUACUUCGGGAUACACUAGCAAUAAAGAAAAAUGUCAUAAAUUUUGUGCUCCAAAAGAUCUUGAUCUUAGAAAAAAAUGGCAGAUGAAGAUUCCGAGAAAAAAUUUUAUUCUCACUGAAAAAUCAUAUGUCUGCGAAAAGCAUUUUAAAGAGGAUGAUAUUGUGAAGUUUUGGGAAUCUGGCACAAUUAAGAUUCCGUACAAACAGUGGCGACUAAAAGAAGGAGUAGUCCCCUCAUUAUUUCCCAAAAUAUUUCCCAAAAAAAAUUAA